GCAUGUACCACUUUGUAAUGCUCUUUGUAAAGAUGUUUAAAUACCAAGGAUAUCAAGCAGAACAGGGUCAUUAUUGUCAUAUUUAUGUUUCAGAAUUCUACACAUAUUAUCUAGUGUUGCUUAUGGGAUCAGCCCUCUUGGCUUACAUCUUUUAAAACGUCUCUAUUGCUUAUUCAUAAUACAUACAGUGUAAUUUUCAGUGUUAUCCACUGAGUGGCGUUAGGACCCCAUUGUUCAGCCUCUGUGUAUCAUACCUCUACACUGGCAUCACAGUGAAAGUGUGGGAAAAAGUUACAUCCGUGUCUUUUUUUUAAGUGCACAAGUUUUAUAAUUUUAUUUAGAUUAUUUAAUUUGUCUAGAUGUAUUUUUAUGUAAACACAAACACACAGAUGUUGGUUUGCUAUUCUUGUGAGGACCAUUCACAUAAUAAUAACUAAAGCUUAUAUAUUAUACUGCACCUAACCCUUAGAUUGGGCCCCAAAAAUCUGACCCAACCCAAGCCCGUCCCACUCAGUCCCAUAAACAGUCAUUAUGGGCCCGAGCCUGAUUUAAACCCAACAUUUUUUUAUUAAGUAGAGUAUUAAAACUAAGCUUUUUAAAACAUUUUCGGGCUGGUUGAAUGUGCAAAAUCUGUUCAUGUUAAAGAUGUCAAUUAACAUUGCAACACAUUAUUUAAGACUUUUUUGUGUAAUAACUAAUAAUAACUGUAGCUACUUUAUACUACAUCUAACCUUAACCUAACCCCUAACCUCAGCGCCCAAAAUUUAAGCAUUUCACUCUUUUAGAAUUUUCAAUUAAACUAACAAAUUUGGUGUAUAUAUAUAAAAAAACAAUUUACGACAUACCACUAUGCUUGUGAGGACUUACAAAGGUAGCAACACAUUCAAAAGUGUUCACACACACACACACACACACACACACACACACACACACACACACACACACACACAGUGCAUCCACACACAAUAGUGCACUCUGGGAGCUGCAGUGUUGUGUGUCUCCAGUAGCAACGCCGUUCUCUAUUAUGACGGACUAAACGUUCUGACCUCUGAUCAGAAGCGACCAAUAAAAAGCCGGAAUUUGGCUGACCACUACGUCAUGAUGAAGAACCUGUUCUAGCAAGUAGAAAGUUUAUCUGUUUUUUUCUUAUUAUUCAGUUUUACUUGUUUAACUCAGAUUUUGGUGAUACUGGUCAUAUUGGUUGUUUGUUCCCACAGAGGCUGGAAGAGGAUCAGGUGGAUCAAGACAUGGAGAGUAAUGAUAAAAAAUGGGACCCAUAUGAGACGUCCCAGAGACGGGAUUUUGUAUACAGACCCAGCUCAUCCACUUCCUGUUUACGACCCCUGACCUCUCAGGCCUAUAGAAAUUCAUAUGACCUGGCUGAUCCUGUGGGCGGAACUGCAUACAGACAAGACUAUUACUGGAAACCUCAGACUAAACCUGCCUGCAUUCGCUCUGGAUCAGCUUCAGGCAACAGCAGGAACAACCCACACCCAAACCAGGCAUUUCUGGUGUGGAGGCUCGCCCGGGGACACAAGCUUUGUGAAAACCCCCCAUCUGAGGAGGAGGUCCGGAAGGUUCUGUCAGCUCAGUACAGAUCAACGUACAGGACUGACUUUCUGGGGACACCACAAGCAGGGGACGUUAUGAACCGGAGAAGCCCUGCUCCAUAUAAACCCGGCCGUGAUGCUCCGCACUGCAUCCAGACUGAGAUGAGGUUUAACUACAGGAAGCCUGUGCUGAAUACUGAACUUCAGGGAAAUAUGACUCGCUAUGGGUGCAACGCUCUGCACGCUGUGUCACCAAAAGGCAUAGUCCCGUCUGUAGUUCACAAACACGUCAUUAACCAGGAGAGCAGAAAGCUGCUCACCACAUACGAUCGGCAUUUCGGAGGUAAAUGUGCGGAUCUGCCGGCAGUCCUCAGGUCUCUACAGCCUGAAGAACUCCAGCACUUCUGUAAGAAAUCACCUGAAAAAGAAAAGCUGGUGGUUCAGGAUUUUUUGAAGAGAGACUCUCGUCCUCCUGGUAAACUGAAGGAAAUGAAGGAGUCUGCGGGGGUCUCAUGUUCUCCUGCAGUGCUGGAGAGGAUGUCAAUCUGGCCUGGGCCUCUAUAAAAAUGUUGUAUUAAUGCAUUGUGAUGCAUUUCUUAUUGUUAUUGUUAUUGUUUGUGUGUGUGUCUGUAUAAGAAUAGCAAUAAAAAACGUCUAAACCAAUGAAAGACAUUUUUAA